GGCUCCAGUAGAGAACCUCUUCCGGUUGAGAAACAUAGCAGUUAGCGUCUUCUGUGAAGGUCGUGAGUCCAAACCUGUGAUCAUCAUGUCUCUGCCUAAGCCGGUGAUGAGAGGUCUGCUGGGGAAACGUCUGAGGCUUCAUCUGCCGAUCGCUUUCGCUCUGUCUCUGGUGGCGGCCAUCGCCUUCAAGUACGGGGUGACGGAGCCGAGGAAACAAGCCUACGCCGACUUCUACAAGCAGUACGACGCCGUCAAAGAGUUCAACUCCAUGAAGGAGGCCGGAGUGUUUGAGAGCGUUCAGCCGUCUGGAGAGUAGAGCCUCUCUCUUGGUCCCCGUCCUUCGUUCCUGGUCUGAAGAUGAAGCUCCUUCUGUUGGAUGUUAUUUACCGGUUUAGACGUGAACAUCGCUGUGCUGUUUGGUUCCUCUAAAUAAAAUAUUCUGUUAAUGUAAAACA